UUUUUUUGUCCAAACGAGGCCACUGUAUUAAUUUCUGGAAAGCUAUCGCCUUAUCACACCUGAAUCAUGUAUUGUACUACCCAUGAAGACGUGUGAAAUGACAAUGGGUGCAUCUGUCUACAUAUAAGCGUUGAACGUGGGUCAAAGACGCUUUGUUCAUUGGUUGUAUUGCCGGUGUGCGGUGCUACCGUACUAAUAAUCAAGCUCGAUUUUUUUCCUACAGCUGUAUGUUUGAACAACAUUAUACAGUGUCUCGUGGAAUAAUUAGUAUUAUCUGUAUGAGUGUCAUCUGGCAUGUUCCGAAGCCAGAGGAGUGAUAAAGUUUAUAUUUGCUGUGAUGAGAUUUGCAGACAAUGUAUAGGAGGAGUUUUCCUGUGAUCUGUACAAAAUUGCGAUGCGUGUUACACGAGCAUCGACGAAAGAUAAGGCCAUCUGACCGAGCAGAUAAUUUAUUUUAUUACGUUAGGCAAAUUCAUAGCGCCCGUAGACUGCUGGAGAAGGACAACACAUACAAGAGACAACUGGUAAAAGCUGAAGAUUUCGAGAAUAUAAAGGACAAGAGUAAAGAAACGUAUCUGGAAAUGGUUCAUAUAUAUGAGAAUAGUUCGGUUCAAAGACGUGGACAUGUAGAAUUUAUCUAUUCGGCUAUGAAACACAUGAAGGAGUUUGGCGUGCACAAGGAUUUGGAAGUGUACAAAGCGCUUAUCAGUGUGUUGCCUAAGGGGAAAUUUAUCCCAACAAACAUUUUUCAAGCUGAGUUCAUGCAUUAUCCUAAACAGCAACAAUGUAUUAUAGAUGUGUUAGAGCAAAUGGAAGACAAUGAAGAGGAUCUGGAAUAAUCUAGACAAAAUUAAGGAGGGUCAACUGCUUAUGAGGUGGUUUGAGGGAAGAGGAGUUAUGCCAGAUGCAGAGUUAGAAACAAUUCUAAUAAAUAUUUUUGGUAGGAGAGGACAUCCAGUACGUAAAUACUGGAGAAUGAUGUACUGGAUGCCAAAAUUUAAAAACUUAUCUCCGUGGCCACUACCAAACCCUGUACCAAAUGAUAAUUUGGAACUUGCCAAAUUAGCUAUGAAAAGAAUAAGCAGUGUCGACUUGCAGUCAAAGGUGGUGGUUUAUCAGACAGCAGAGCUAGCUGACAGUGUAGAUGAUACAUGGGUUGUGAGUGUCCAAAGUCCAGAUCAAAGGAAACUUGUAGACACACACCCUGAAAACAUACCAGUUUAUGUUAAAGGGUCUUACAGAGUGUGGCUACGAGAUGCUGCUGUGAAUUACUUCAUACUCAUGCGAAAACCAGUGCAAAAACCACAAGUUGCAGCUGAAGAUCCAGAUGAUGUAAGCAACCUAAGGGAUCCCGUCAUCGAUAUAUCGGGAGACAGAAUUACUGCUGUUGUGCAAGCACCCAGUGUACAUGAACAAGAUGAUGGCACAAUAUUGGCCAUGUGUGCUACUGGUACUUCAAGCAGAGAUUCUCUGCUUUCUUGGAUUAGAUUGCUGGAAACUGACGGAAAUCCACAGUUAGCCAAGAUACCUGUUGUGUUCACUUUGAAAUUUUCACCAGGAGACAAACUGUUUUUAGAGGAAGGAAUAAUAAGUGAAGAACAAAAAACUAUACCACCCAGCAAAUGAAGUGCUUCCCAAUUGUACUGCGUGAUUGGUGUCUCAUCUUUUGUCAACUGCAUGGUAAAUAAUGCAGAUUGACAGUUACCAAAAUGAAAGCUAAAUAAAACUUAGUGUGUGCUCGUGCA